UUUCCUGUGGCAGCUGCUGGGCUGUUCUAUUGCGGUGAUGGCUGUUCUUUUGUGGUGGUUGCUGUUCUUUUGUGUAAGGCUGGUCCAUUCACUCGCUCAUCCGUCUGUCAGUCGGUCGGUCUGUCCGUCCGCCCCGGGGCUCCGCGCCUGCUGGCUCAGCCUCAGGGCUGCCUACCUCCGCGUAUGGUCCCCGGGAGGAGUGUGACAGGCUGCGUGGGGCGCGUUGAUGGGUCGUGAGCGCAGCCUGGGAUGCUGUGCUCCCGCUGAGCAUGCCUGGUCCCGACCUCGGCACAGGGCCAGUGUGACCUUGAAGCUGAGAGUGCUUGUGCCACUUGACCUUGCUGCUGUCGCUGAGCCCCAGGAGGAGGACCCGCUCCUCUGGGCCUGGCCUGGGGCGCAGGAGGCUGCACAGCUGCCCACGCCUCUGGGGGACGCUGCCAAAGGCCACCAUGGAGACCCUUGCCUUGAAGCCCCAGGAGAGAGGACCCAGUGACGUUCCAGGAUGUGACUGUGGAGUUCACCCAGGAGGAGUGGGAGCACCUGGGCACCGCUCAGAGGGCGCUGUACUGCGAGGGUGCCAGGAUUCCAAGCCUGAUGUGAUCUCCCAGUUGGAGCAAAGUGGAUCUCCAUGGAUGGCGUGGAGGGGAAUCACUAGGGGCCUCUCUCCAGACCAAGAGACUGGAUCUAGAACUGAAGAGUCAAUCUGAAGCAAGUAAUUUCUAAAGAAUUUUCCCAGGGCAUGAUAAUCAGCAAAGGUAAAAGGAAUGGAAUCUGUGACUCCACCAGAGAAGUCCCAGGAUCUCUUGGCCAUUUAGAGAGCCAUCUAGGGCAGAUGGCAUUUACCCAUAAAAAAAGCAUGAUUCUAGAGAACGUUUAUGAAGGUAAUGGAUUUGAGAAAGAGUUUAGACAGCAAUCAAAUUUUGUUACUCAAAACAAAAUUCUUUGGGGGAAAAUAGUGCAUGAAGAUGACAGUGAUGACAGUAGCUUUUCACAUAACCUAGAUCUAAGUAACCAUCAGGGAAACUACAUGAGUGAAAAAUCAUACAAAUGUGAUAAAUGUGGGAAAUACUUUAGCUGUGGUUUGGAUCUCACUCAACACCAGAGUUUUCAUACUGAAGUUAAUCCAUAUGUUAUUAGAAGUCAGAAGGUGGGUGCUAGGGAAAAGCCCUUCAAAUGCAAAAAUUGUGGGAAAUCUUUCAGUAGGGGAACACACCUUAUACAACAUGAAAGAUGCCACAGAGGAGAGCGACCAUAUGAGUGUAAUAUAUGUGGGAAGUCUUUCAGCUGGGAUUCAUCUCUUAUUCUACAUUAGAGAACUCAUACUGGAGAAAAAACCACUAUAAGUGUAGUGAAUGUGGGAAAGCCUUCUACCAGAGUACAUGCCUCACACAGCAUCAGAGGAUUCACACAGGAGAGAAACCUUAUGAAUGUAGUCAGUGUGGGAAAGCCUUUAGCCAAAGUUCACAUCUUACUCCUCAUCAGAAAACUCAUACUGGGGAGAAACCCUAUGAAUGUAAUCAAUGUGGCAAAGCCUUUAUUCAGAGCAUCCAACUUACCCUACAUCUAAGAAUUCAUUCUAGAGAGAAACCUUAUGAAUGUACUGAAUGUGGUAAAAUCUAUAGUCAUAGUUCAUCCUUGAUGCAACAUAAGAAGAUUCAUACUGGAGAAAAACCCUUUGAAUGUAAAGAAUGUGGGAAAGCCUUUACCCAGAGCAUCCAACUUACUUUACACCUGAGAACGCAUACUGGAGAGAAAUCUUAUGAAUGUACUGAAUGUGGCAAAGCCUAUAGUCAUGGAUCAUCCCUUAUUCAACAUAAGAGGAUCUAUACUGGAGAGAAACUUUGUAAUGAAUGUGGGAAAGCUUUCCGAUGGAAUACACACCUUACUCAACACCAAAGAAUUCAUACUGGAGAGAAACCUUAUAAAUGCAAAAUAUAUGACAAGUCUUUCAGCAGAAGUACACACCUUAAUCAACAUCAGAGGACUCAUACUGAAGAGAAACCCUAUGAAUGUCAUGAGUGUGGGAAAACCUUUGGUCAGAAUACAUAUUUGACUCAACACCAGACGAUGCACACUGGAGAGAAACUUUAUCGGUGUAAAGAAUGUGGAAAGGCCUUCACCGUAAAUGCAUACCUUGUUCAACAUCAAAGGAUUCAUAAGAGAAAGAAACCUUUAUAAUGUGCCAAUCACAAAGAAGUUCAGAAUGUAGAGAAAUUCAGCAAAUGUAUUUAAUGUAAGAAAUAUUUCAGCAUAAGCACAGGCAUUCUUCAACAUCAAUAAAUUAAUCAAAGAAAGAAACUCUAUAAA